CGACUCUCGGUCGUAUCUCCACACAACAGACACCUCCCCCCAGACGAACAGAUACGCAUUCAUCCGAGCCCUGAUGUCAUCACAGCGCGAGCCCUCCAGUCGCGAGGACGCUCGGCCCUCCGGCCGUCGUGAUGUCCGGUCUCCCGACCGUGGCGAAGGCCGGCGCUCCCGCCGGCGCUCCAGGCGUAGUCCCAGCCCCGACAGCGACCUGGACUCUUGCUCCUCCUCCCGAUCGAGAUCUCGCUCGGGCGACAGGUCUCGGUCGCGAUCUCGAUCCCGGUCUUCGAGGCGACGCGACCGGCGCCGGCGUCGGCGCAGCAGCAGUCGCUCGCGCCGCCGGCGAUCGUCAUCUGGCUCGGAUCGGCUCCCGGCCACCGACCCGGUCGAUCUCGCUGUUCGUUUUGUCGAAAACCAGGACAUGGCCGAGGGCCACAUCAAUGCAACCACCCUUGACAGCCGGGUAAAGCUGGACCCGGAGCGGGACUACAAUGCCUUGAGCCGAACCCUGCUGCCGGUCUGGAUGAUGCGCGAUUGUCACCCCGAGCGGGAUGCCCGACUGGCUGGGCUCGAGUCGCUCAAGCCUUUUGCCCGGCACACCGACACUCGAGACCCGCACAACCCAGAUGGCCAGCUGGGCGGCAUCUACUUUUAUGACCUGCCGGCCGGCCACUCGCAGGCCCUAUUCCGAGUCUUCGUCGACAAGUGGAACCAAGGCCAGCUACCGCUGCUGUAUUACUUCCUCAGUGACCAGGGCAUCACCGAGGCGCGGCGCCGGCGCCGCGAGAUGCGUGCCCAAGCCGCGGCCCAGUGAGACCCAUGCGCAGGCGCGCGUCAUGUGAGUUUCUCUCCACUUCCUCUCGCCCUCGUGCCUUCCUUCUUGCCCUUCCUUUCUCCUGCGGAUCGAGCUCCGGGGAGAAUACACGCCCGUAUUUGCCCA